ACUAUAAUUUUAAUUUAGUUAGUUGUACCGUCAUCUAAACCAUUUAGGCUACCCUAAUUGGCUUGAGUUUUCUUUCAUAAAAUGGGCUUUCACGUUGUUCUCCGUGUUAUUGCGGGUUUAAUCCACUUGCUAAAAACGAAUCGCAAUAUAUUUAUAUUUCUUGGCUUGUACUCCGGAAUCGACAAAGCGAUUGACUCUUUAGAUCUUGACGCGAGGCAAAAAGAACUUAUCAAGGGAAUCGUAUACGUUGGGAAUUAUUGCAGCGUUGUCCAACUCGGAGCGUCCUUUACCGACAUGUUAGACAUGAACUGUAUCCAUGAUUGUGACAAAUACUUCCAUUGCCAAGGAAACUACAAUGCUGUAUACAAAUGCAAACCAGAAAUUGAUUUCAUCGCGCAGAAGGACACGCGAGAGCUUACAGCCAAACUUGUCAGUGAUUUACGUGAGUAUAGUCAAAUAAAAAGUGGUCGUCAUGCAGAGGAUUCGGCGGAAGAUGAGGCCGCCAACAUGUUCGGAAGAGGGGGUGGAAAUUGUGCAGAAGCAUAUUUGAAACCGUUAAACUGCAGCUAUGAUCCAGAGACGGGAUGGUGUGGGACGAAAUCGCCUGAAAUUACGAGUUUUAUGGGGUUUCUGUACCGAGGAGCCAGUUUGUUUGGUAAUUUUGUAACAUUAUUUUUUAAUUAAUCGUACCUAAGAGAUAGCUUUGAGCAAAGAAUUUUGCUGAAUUUGGAUUAAUAGUAAUAAAUACGUGCAUAUUAAAUUUGACAAUGAUUUCUGAUAAAGUAGCCCUGUUAUAGCUUGAAUAAAAAAUACCAUACAUAUCACAA